UCUGUGUGUCUCUGUCUCCAUCUCUGUCUCUCUCUUAUUCUUUUGCCAAAUCAAACAAAACUGAUUUUCUGUGACUUUUAAACCCUUGUCCUUCCACUUGGCUCAUUUGAAAACACGCAGCUGGAAGAACAAUGGCCAGAUUACAGCUAAUACUGAGUGUGUUGUGUGUGUGUGUGAGUGUGUGUGUGUGUAAGAGAGUGAUGUAUGGUCAGGUUCAGUCUCCUCUGUAUCCAAAGCCUUACCCCGCUGACGUCCACCAGCAGUGGGAUCUGGAAGUUCCGCAUGGUUAUCAACUUCAGAUUACCUUUAAUUACCUGGACAUAGAACCAUCGUUUAACUGCUACUACGACUCUCUCACGGUUCUGCAUGGUAAGAAAGUUUUGGGAAAGUUCUGUGGCCCGAAUUCCACGGAUUCCUACCACCCUGGCAACAAGCCCAUUUUGUCUCCUAGCAACCGUCUUCAGCUGGUGUUUGUGACGGAUGAAUCAAACACAGAAAAGCAUCAGUAUCUCGGGUUCUCCGCCUUUUACCAGGCUGUUGACAUAGAUGAAUGCUCGUCUCCUGAUUUAGACGAUUCAGAAUCACGUUGCUCUCAGAUCUGCCUCAACACUCUGGGCUCGUACCUGUGUGCCUGUUACCAUGGUUACCAGUUGUCAGCAGAUCAGCGUACCUGUGUUUUGGAGUGCGCUGGAGGUGUUUUCACAGAACCCGAGGGUUUUCUGUCGAGUCCUGGAUUCCCGAACGCUGCUCCUCUAGGAGUGAACUGCUUGUACAGUGUCUCUGUCCAGCCUGGGUUCCAAGUAACUCUCAACUUCAGCGACAACUUCCACAUCGAGCAGAUUGAUGCACAGGGACCGUCCUGCUUGUUCCACUGGCUAAAGGUGUCUGUCCCUGGUGAAGCUCCAAAGAAGCUUUGUGGAGAUAAAAGUCCUGGAAUCAUACACACCGGCUCACACGUUGUAGAUCUGGAAUUUCACACUGAUAGACAUGGACAGAGUGGAGGAUUUAGCCUUCGCUACACAACCCAGAGAGUGGAGUGUAAGAUCGAAGGAGGAAUGCGUAACGGCCGAAUCACUCCCAAUUUCCCGAAAUAUUCCUACAGAGAUUACAUCCAAGUCCGCUGUAACACUGGAUAUAAACUCAUGAUGGGAGAAAACGAAAUCAAGAGUUAUAAAUCGAUGUGUCAGGAGAACGGGAGGUGGCAUUUACCUUUACCUGAGUGCAGGAUUAUUGAUUGUGGAGAACCGAAGAGUUUACUGAACGGUGGAUAUCAAUUUCUGUCCGGUUCUAACAACGAGUACAGAUCUGUCGUGCAAUAUCACUGCAACAAACCCUUCUAUUCUUUCGCAAAAGCUAACGAAGUAAAUCUCACCUGUGCUGCUGAUCGCAAAUGGAGAGGACUCGAAAAUGUCAUAACACCGUAUUGUUUCCCAGUGUGUGGGCGUCCUGUUGUAGAUCUCUCCAGUCGUGGUCGGGUUUUCGGAGGUGACAUAGCGAAGAACAACUCAUUUCCCUGGCAGGUGUUUCUUCACGCAGGAGGAAGAGGAGGAGCGAUUGUGAUCGGAGAAAAAUGGCUCCUCACUGCAGCUCACAAUCUGGAGAAAGUAAAACACUCUAAAGAUGAAGUGAAGGCGUAUGUUGGAAGCAACAGAGUGAGCGACUAUUUUGGAAGCAGCACGAAGGCUGACCCUGUGUUAUUUCAGUCACUUCCUAUUGAAUCACUGCACAUCCAUCCGCAAUAUAAAAGCCCAGACUUUAAUAAUGAUAUCGCGUUAAUUAAGCUGGCGUCAUCCAUCACCUUUAAUGCGAGGGUAAUGCCGGUGUGUCUCCCUGAACAGGACUCUAAGCUUGAAAAUUUUGGGUGGGUUUCUGGAUUUGGACUGACGGAGACAUACAACACUGCAAAUCAUCUCAGGUACAUCCGUCUUCCCAUCGUGGAUCAACAAGUGUGUCACUCGUCCAUUGAGAAGGCGAGAGAAGUACACAGUGAUAUUUCCACUCUGACGGAGAACAUGUUCUGUGCUGGACUUCCUGAAGGAGGGAAGGACACGUGUCAAGGAGACAGCGGCUCUGGUUUCGUCAUGAAAAAUAACGACGUGUUUUACGCAGCGGGGAUCGUUAGCUGGGGAGUCGACUGCGGAACACCGGGAAGAUACGGCGUAUACACUCGCAUAGCUCGAUACGCAAACUGGAUAAACAAAACCAUGGAGGAAAACUAACAGCAGCGGAGAAAAUGAAAUGAAAAUGACAUGAGCCACUCAUGUGACUGGUUAAAAUGGUUUGAUUGAAAAUGUCUGUAGUUGUUUUGCUAAGUGCCAUCACUUCAUGGAAAAAUAAAGAUAAAUAUUUUACCAUCACAA